CGGCAGUGGCGGUUCUCAAAACGUCUGGACUUAGAUCCCGAGUUAAUCGGGAUAAAAUCAAUUUUUUUUUUAAAUUUUAAAUAAAUUUGUCAAAAAUGUGGUCAAGUUUUUUUGUUUUUAUUGUAUUUAUUUUUGGUGUCAAAUCGACUGUGGUGGAUUUAUCAUACAGAGGGUUAAAGAAAGAACAAUUUUUCGUGUCAAUACAGCCGCAAAUAAAUUUACACGAAGUGACAGAUUUGAUAUUAAAAGGAAAUAAUUUUGACAGUUUCCUCGACUGUUCAACAAAUCUAGAUAAUUUGAAAUCAUUAGAUUUAGCAGAGAAUCAUUUGCAAAGAUUUUUUUUCCUCUGCAAAGAAGAGUACAAUUUAGAGUACUUGAAUGUGAGCCACAAUUAUCUCGAAUAUAUCGACGAUUUCGCGUUGAAUAAUCGUACGUCCAAAUUAAAAGUGCUCGAUCUCUCGUGGAAUAAAUUGACUGUCAUCAAUGAAACAAUGAUCGAACAUAUGAAGAUACUGGAAUAUUUAUCGAUAGCAAGCAAUCCAGUGGUCGACAUUCACGAAAGCGCGUUUACAAACCAAAAAAAUUUGUUGCAUUUAGACAUGAGUAAUGUGUCCGCAUCAGUUUUACCACCUUCGCUAUUUCGACCUCUAGCAAAGUUAUCAUUUCUAAAUAUAUCAUUUAAUCCCAUCGAGACGUUGCCAUUUCUGCCAGUGAUGUUAAUGGAACUAGAUAUUUCAGGGACUAACAUAUUUUUCAUAAGUGAAAUUUCACUGCCGCAUCUGUCUAGACUGCACUUGAACCAUAUGCAUAAUGUAACGGAAGUUAUCUUGAAUGACUUCGAAAAUAUGACGAUGUUAGAAUUGAUAACAUUAGAAAAUUGUCCCAUGCUGACGGAAUUUCGCGUUUGGCCGCCUAAUAGCAAACUCUUGCCGCGCUUAAGACAUUUGUCUGUCAAAGGAAGUGCACUGGAGACACUAAACGAAGAAUUACGUCCGAUUCUUCAAAGAACUGCUGUCGUCGAUUUGCAAAAUAAUCCUUGGCAUUGCGAUUGUAGGAUGCAGUGGAUCAAUCGGUUUAAUCUUUCCAACGAACUUAGUCAUCAGAUCAGAUGUAAAACGCCGGAAGAACAUGCUGGUAAAUUAUUAUCCAUAAUUCCAAAUCACGAGCUGAUAUGCGUUGAAAUAUUGAGCACAGCUUAUCCAGCGAUAUGGGCAUCGAUAUCGAUUAUAAUUCUGGGAAUAAUAUUAGCGGGAAUUUAUCUCGUAUGGCGAGGGCCUCUCAGGCACUGGAUUCUCCCAAAACACGGUGGUGAUACUGUGUCAUAUAAAAAUGUCAAGGAGUCGUCCAACGACUUGAUAAGAAUCCUAGUCACUGAUGACCGCGCUGAGGACUAAAUAAAAUUUUAUUUCAAUAAAAACUAUCGACUACUAAAUUAGAUUACGAACUCCUAGUAAAUUAUAUAGAUUUUGAUGUUACCUGGAGCUGUUCACGGGAGAAUAAAAAAUUGUGUGACGCGAAGGGCGCAAACAAUAAUUUGUAACGUAUUACUGAAGUGUAUGGAUCUGAAUAGAUGCUCAAAAUUGACGUUAAUGUACAAAAGCCAGAAAACAUUCUGAUUUACGGUUCAUUUAGUAAACUAUUACUAAACCAUAAUCACAGCCCCAUUUCACCCUAUCCUACCACUAGUAUAACUGACGAGCGUCUCUGCCUAUACUAUUACUCUUUUUUUAUCUCCGUUGUAUCCAAUUGAAAAUGUUGAUACGAGGGAAGAAAAGAGAAAACAAGAGUUGAGUCGAGUCUCUGAAUCAAAGUUCACCAUGCGAGAUAUUCCCUACACUUUCAAUCAACCAACCCCUUUAACAAAUCACUCCUUUUUACCUUCAGCUCAACCACAAUCUUCAUAUAUAUACAUUCUAUAGAUAUAUCUAUAUAUAUAUAUAUAUGAAAAAAUAGUACCACAAAAGUACGGGUUGACUGCUUUUAAAUAAAACUUGAGUAUCUUUUUCAUUUUAUAAAUGUGUAUAUAUAUAUUUAUAUAUAUAUUUGGUUUUAACAUUUCAUUAGAUAAAAGUUACGAUUCGUCAAGCAAAUUAAUAACUUACUUUUAAAAAAAUAAAUAUGGUAAAAAUGUUUUUUAUCAAAACUUCUAAAGGUUUUUUGGUUAAUUAAAUCAUAUAAUUUGAAAUUUAUAAAAAUGAUUUUUUUUUUUAAUUUUAGAUUGAAUGGAAAAAAAAGUUUCGAGUACCAAAAAUUGAUUUUGAGACAAUUAUUUUUUUUUGCUGUAUGUGGUUUGGCAACGUUUGGUCAGAUCGAAUGAUUUUCAUAUAUAUAUAUAUGUAUUAAGAUCGUCAGAAGCCUUGACAUGAACGGUGAUCGCGUGCGAUGUAGCGAUGAGCCUUUGUGCUAAAGUAUGAUCUUCCUAAGGGAAGCAUAUCGAGUUACACGUUAUACGUGUGCUCAAACCCAUCAUAUUCACAUUAUAGUGCAGUAACAGUAGGCUACUUCAAAUAUAUAUAUAUAUAUAUAUAUAUAUAUAUAUAUAUAUAUAUAUAUAUUCACAUAUAUGUGCCAUAAUUUGUAUACGUAUACAGAGCCCGUAUUUUCGCUCGAUUUACAAUAUAAAAAUAUAAUAUGUAUAUAUAUAUAUAUAUUAAUUCUACAUCAAGAUAUUAUUGCAUGCCAAUGUCAUAUUUGACAAGACAAUAUAUAAAGUCGUGCGUUUAUUUUUUUGUACUGGCGCAAGAAAAAUUUUGCGGUAUAAAAUAAAAAUAAAAAUUUUCUUAGAGCUAGAAAUAACUUCUUGGCGCGAAAAAAUUUUUUUCCUCCCAAGAAAAUUGUCAUUUUUAAUUUAUAAUGCAAAAAUUUUUAAGGGCUGGUAAAAAUCUUUUUUUUCUGUAUAUAUGAGAAAAUAUAUAUGAGAAAAUUAAAAAAUUUUACCCGAGAUUUGCAGCAGCAUCGAAGGAUCCAGACAACUUUUUAUCAGGCUUUGAUUGUAAAACAUAUUUUUAAAAUUUUAUUUUGUAUUUUAAUUCGCGUCUUUCGCGAGUCAUGUAUCGUUUGCUUUUAGGUGUAAAGUAAAGUUAUGUUAAAUAUAUAUUUAUGAAAUAAAUAAUAAUAUUUUUAAACAUAAAAUCCAUAGUGUGUUGAGUUCCUUGGAGUUUAAUUUAAAUGUAGUAAUGGUUUUUUUAACUUUAAAAUUCAUUGUAAAAAAUGAAGUAGAAAAUUUAUGUCCGGGUGAUAGUAGAGUAGAAGUGAGCAUGUUUGGAUUGUUUAUAAUUAUCUAGACAAAGGUGCGGGAAAAUUUAAAUUAAAUA